CCAUGUUGUCUUCAUCUUACCAAGGGGAUGUUGAAGCACUCCAGGAAGCCGUUCAUGCCGCCCGAAUCUGCCGUGACAAGCUAUCGCAAGUCCGCAUCAGAAGUGGCAAUAUUCGAAGCGCAACAACUGGCACAGAUCCUGAAUCGGAGACUCUGCGCACUCUUCACAAGCUCGAGGAUACGAUGACUGCCCUCUUUGUCCAAUUGGAUGAACUUCGCAAUCGUGUACUCUCACCCAUGACUCGGCUGCAUGACGAACUCUUGCAAGAGAUAUUCGUCUACUGCGUUGACGUACGAGUGCCACAUCCCAAUGCCUGGCUCCAAUGGGACACAUUCGACCCUGUCAUUCUGACGCAUGUCUGUCACCAAUGGCGAACAGUGGCACUCAACACUCCCGUAUUAUGGUCGAAAAUAACACUGCAAGCGGUAUCGAGGUCCCAUCAGACUUUGUUCGACCCAUGGCAUGAUACGAUUCUGUCUCAGGACGACCCAACCUUCCCACAAUCUCGGAGGCGAUACAACGAAUUCAUCAGACGCGCCAAGACUUGCGGGCUUCGGGUGAAGCUGAACUUUAUCGACGAGACUCCCGAAUACGAACGACGCUUGACGAACGAAUUUUGUCGGCUGGCACAGUGUAACGAGAUUAUAAGCUUACGCCUUUUUACGGCCAAGAAGUCCGAUGACAACAUAAGCACAUGCCUAGAAUUUAUCCUGCCAAGAUUGCAGAAACUUGAGAUUUAUCAAGUCGCACCGCCGCUUACGGAUCUGGAUCCUCCUGAUCAAAGUAUAACCUGUGAUAAACUCCUCUCGAAGGAAUGGCCACGACUACGACAGUUGGAAUUCAGAGGGAUCUCAUUACCAACAAGGGUGCCCUUGGUGCAUGCACCUUUACCAAACCUUCGUACGCUAAAGAUAAUUCUGACCAGAGGUGUUUCGGACAAUAUUUCGAAACUCUUCAAGUUCAUUGGAUUAUGCAACACGUCUCUUGAAAGGCUAGAUGUUUGUUGCGGUUGGGACUGGCAAAUCGAACCUGACACCGAAAUGGCCCUGUAUCUUCCCAGGAUCGAACAGCUUGAGCUAUCUCUCGGCAGCAACCCUCUCAUUUCUAUUCUUCAGCGGAUACGAGCGCCGUCAUUGAAGAGUUUGGGAGUGAGACCCACCAGGGGUGCGGAAGAAUCUUCUGCUGCUCCUGCAGUAGUCUCGGCUCUAGAAGUGUUCAUUGGAUCAUCGAGAUGCCGACUUGAAACUGCUUGCAUUCUUGGCAUUUCUGUGAUUGCGUGGAAGAAGCUUGCCGAGUUGUCGCCAGAUAUUCGGUCCAUGACUGUGCACUUAUCCACAGCUUAUUUUUCCGCAAACGAAGAGGUGAUCAACUUGACCGACGACCCACUCCAGUUCUCGAAGCUGGAAGAGAUACAUGAUCAGAGCGAACUCACUGAACAGUCGCUCCGAAUGCUGCUUUCGUUCGUGCAAUCCCGAAGACGGUUGUUUGCUGGAGGGGCGAUGGUGCGACCCAUUCGAUGUAUUUCUCUCAGAUCUGCUCAAGCAAGACGAGCACCUGAGACGCAGCAAGGUUGGUCCGCGAUUCAAAAGGAACUGGCGGAUUUAAUUGAGGAGCUAAUCAUCGGCCCCGUGAAGUGGAACAAGGCGACAGGGGUAUGGACACAAUGGGAAGGAUCCACUGAUGAGGAGGGGCCAUUGGCGGUUCUGGACCAUAGCUGGUAGCACUGCCCUUGAUGGGAUGGCUGCAACGUAUAGGAUAAAAACAGUAUAAA